ACAGCAGGACACUUUGUGCUCGGGUAGUGUGAACCGAGACCGCUGCCACCACUUUCAGAAUAAGCGUACAAGUUUUUGGCAAGUGUAAUUUUGUUAUCCAAGCAUUCAGACUUCAAACAAACCGGACACACAAACCAUGUCUGUGUUCACACUGCUGCAGAGUUGAGCCGCUGACAUCCUGGUCCGGAUCGAUGUUUGUCUGAACUGUCGCCACAAAUGGAAAUGGUGCCGAGCGAGGAGAACCAGUUCGUACCCAAAGAGAUCCAAAAUGCAGCUGAGGAGCCGAGAGUGCUGUGUAUAAUCCAAGACACCACCAGUGCAAAGACAGUCAAUGAGAGGCUGACCCUUAACCUGCCUGCUUCUACCACCCUCUCCAAACUUUAUGAAGAUGUUGCCCACAAAGCGGGAUAUGUCAAUGGCACCUUUGACCUUGCCUGGGGAAAUACUCCGGACAUGGCACCACUGGACCACAGCAGUGAGAUGUCACUCUCAGACUCUGGGUUUGAGCCUGGUGGUAAGAGGAAUUUCCUCCAGCUGACAGACAAAGAUGGAGAGCAACCCCAGAUUGUGUCGGAUGAGUCAGGAACAGCAGAUAGUAGUGGAGUCGAUGAUAGUUCCCAGGAGCGGUUCAUUGGGCCGCUACCAAGGGACAGCACAGCAGGCUGCAGUGGUGAUUACAGCAGUCCAUCUUACUCCUACUCCUCCAUCCUCAGCAAAUCUGACACAGGUUACGUGGGCUUGGUCAACCAAGCUAUGACCUGCUAUUUAAACAGUCUUCUACAAACACUGUUCAUGACCCCGGAGUUCAGAAAUGCACUCUACAACUGGGAGUUUGAGGAGUCAGAAGAGGACCCUGUCACCAGCAUUCCCUACCAGCUUCAAAGGCUGUUUGUUCUCCUGCAGACUAGUAAGAAACGAGCAAUUGAAACCACUGAUGUGACGCGGAGUUUUGGCUGGGACAGCAGUGAGGCUUGGCAACAACAUGACGUCCAGGAACUGUGCAGGGUCAUGUUUGAUGCCCUGGAGCAAAAGUGGAAGCAGACUGAGCAGGCUGACCUCAUCAACCAGCUGUACCAGGGGAAGCUCAAGGAUUAUGUCCGUUGUCUCGAGUGUGGCUAUGAGAGCUGGAGGAUUGAUACCUACUUGGACAUCCCUCUUGUAAUCAGACCCUUCGGAGCCAGCCAGGCCUACGGCAGUGUGGAGGAGGCUUUGCAGGCAUUCAUCCAACCAGAAACUCUGGAUGGGCCCAACCAGUACUUCUGUGAACGCUGCAAAAAGAAAUGUGACGCCCGCAAGGGUCUGAGAUUUCUGCAUUUUCCCUACCUGCUGACACUACAGCUGAAGCGGUUUGAUUUCGAUUAUACCACUAUGCAUCGCAUCAAGCUCAAUGACCGCAUGACUUUCCCAGAGGAGCUUGACAUGAGUCCUUUCAUUGAUGUGGAAGAUGAGAAGUCUCCUCAAACUGAAAGCUGCACUGACAGUGGAGCAGAGAAUGAAGGCAGUUGCCACAGCGACCAGAUGAGCAAUGAUUUUUCCACAGAUGAUUGUGUGGAUGAGGGCAUCUGCCUGGACAGCACUGGCAGCACAGAGAGGGUGUUGAAGCCAAAGAGUUUACUGACCUUUGAGCUGUUCUCCGUCAUGGUCCAUUCGGGGAGUGCUGCAGGUGGCCACUAUUAUGCCUGCAUCAAAUCCUUCAGCGAUGGCCAGUGGUACAGCUUCAAUGAUCAGCAUGUUAGCAAGAUCACCCAGGAUGAUAUCAGAAAGACAUAUGGGGGAUCCUCAGGGAGCAGAGGCUAUUAUUCCAGUGCCUUUGCAAGCUCUACAAAUGCAUAUAUGCUGAUUUAUAGAUUGAAAGAUCCCUCAAGGAAUGCAAAGUAUUUAUCCGUGGAUGACUUCCCAGAGCACAUAAAGAGUUUGGUUCAGAAAGAGAAAGAGUCUGAAGAGCAGGAAAAGAGGCAGAGGGAGAUUGAGCGCAAUACCUGCAAGAUCAAGCUUUUCUGCAUGCAUCCUGUGAAAAUGAUGAUGGAGAGCAAGCUGGAAGUGCACAAAGACAAAACUCUCAGAGAAGCAACAGAAAUGGCCUACAAGCUGAUGGAGCUGGAGGGAACGGCCCCUCUUGACUGCUGUCGCUUGGUGAAGUAUGAUGAGUUCCACGAGUACCUGGAGCGCUCCUAUGAAGGAGAGGAGGACACACCGAUGGGCCUGCUGCUGGGAGGAGUCAAGUCCUCGUACAUGUUCGACUUGCUACUAGAGACCCGCAGGCCAGAGCAAGUGUUCCAGCCUUACAAACCUGGAGAGGUGAUGGUGAAGGUUCAUGUUGUGGAUCUUAAGACUGAGACCAUCACCACUCCAAUCAGCGUCCGGGCGUACCUGAACCAGACCAUCACUGAAUUCAAACAGCUAAUUGCACAGGCAACAGGGCUAUCUGCAGAUAUGAUGCGUGUGGUUCUUGAGCGCUGCUAUAAUGACCUCCGGCUCCUCUAUGUACCAAACAAAACACUGAAAGCAGAGGGUUUCUUCAGGAGUAACAAGGUCUUUGUAGAGAGCUCCGAGUCAGCAGAUCAUCAAGUCGCUUUCACUGACUCACUCUUGUGGAAACUGUUGGAUCGUCACGGGAAUACAAUCCGACUCCUGGUCUUGCUGCCUGAGCAGUCUCCUGGCACACUGGCCAACAGAACUCUUUGCCAAAAAGUAGGGGGUGACUCUGAUGUGCCCUUUGAUGGGUCAAAGGGUAACAGAAAAUCUGUAGAGGCCAUCCUCGAAGAGAGCACUGAAAAGUUAAAGAAUCUGUCUCUGCAGCAGCAGCAGGGCUCCAGCACAAGUGACAGCCAGAAAAGCUCUGAUGCAAGCGAUUUUGAACAUAUCGAAUCCCCGACCCAAGAGGCCGACACAAACUCUUCACUCUGCAUGGCUGCAGACAACAGAGAGUUGGAGAACCGGAUCAAAGCAACAGCUGGGUGCAGUGGCGGUGCCUCCUCUGACCCAGAGAACCACUUUGUUUGUGAGGAGCGCUCGGACUCUGAGGUAAACAAUGACCGCAGCACCAGCUCAGUGGACAGCGACAUCUUGAGCUCCAGCCACAGUAGUGACACACUGUGUAAUGCAGACAGCGGUCCCAUCCAGCUGGCCAAUGGCUUGGACUCUCACAGCAUCACCAGUAGCCGUCGCUCCAAAGCCCAUGAGGGCAAAAAAGAGACCUGGGACACUGCUGAGGAAGACUCUGGAACAGACAGCGAGUAUGAUGAUAAUGGGAAGAGCAAGUCAGAGGCUCAGUACCUGUACUUCAGAGUGGAGCCUUGUUCCCAGGACGACUCCUCCUGGGAUGCACAAAAAUGUUUAGUGAUUCAUGUGGACAAGAGGAUAACAUUAGCAGCAUUUAAGCAGAACCUGGAGCCCUACGUGGGCGUCACCUCAACACAGUUUAAGGUGUUUCGGGUUUACGCCAACAACCAGGAGUUUGAGAGUGUACGGCUAAAUGAAACUCUGUCAUCGUUCUCUGAUGAUAACAAGAUAACUAUUCGACUAGGAAGAGCACUGAAAAAGGGUGAAUACAGAGUGAAAGUAUAUCAGCUACUAGUGAAUGAAACGGAGCCCUGCAAGUUCCUCGUGGACACAGUGUUUGCCAAGGGCAUGACUGUCAGACAGUCAAAAGAGGAGCUGCUUCCUCAACUGAAAGAGCAGUGCAAGCUCGACCUCAGCAUUGACAGGGUCCGUCUCAGGAAAAAGACAUGGAAGAAUCCUGGCACAGUAUUUCUGGAUUACCAUGUCUAUGAGGAAGACAUCAGCAUCUCCUCCAACUGGGAAGUUUUCCUCGAAGUCCUUAAUGAACCAGAGAAGAUGAAGUCCAUGUCGCAGCUGGCUGUUCUGACCCGCAGAUGGAGCCCUGCUACAAUGAAGCUGGGGCCCUUCCAAGAAAUUAUUCUGGAGAGCAGCAGUGUAGAAGAACUGAAGGAGAAGCUUAGUGAGGUCAGCGAUAUUCCACUUGAAAACCUGGAGUUUGCAAAGGGGAGAGGAACAUUUCCUUGCGACAUCUCUGUGUUGGAGAUCCAUCAGGAUUUGGACUGGAACCCUAAGGUGUCGACCUUAAAUGUGUGGCCUCUAUACAUCUGUGAUGAUGGAGCUGUGGUCUUCUACAGGGAUAGCACAGAGGAGCCCAUGGAGCUGUCAGAGGAUGAGCGCAAUGAGCUGAUGAAGAAGGAGAGCAGCCGUCUGCUCAAGACAGGACACCGUGUCAGCUACUCUCCACGCAAGGAGAAGGCCCUCAAGAUCUACCUUGACGGAGGCCCUGCCAAGGACCCGGGGCAGGACUGAGUCACAGCACACCACUCCUGGUUGUUUGGAUGGUCUGGCUGAUGCAGCAGAGCAGCCAGGCUACAGGACUCAGCCUGAACGUCGGGGCCCAAUGAUGACUUGAACAUCAAGCAGCGUUGUGAGGCUGAUGUGCUCUCAACCUCCACUCUGAGCUCCAGGACUCAGGCUCAGAAACCCUAUUGUGCACUAUAGUGUAUUGUACUGUAAAGUUUAAAGGGAAGUACAAAAGCUAUUCAAUACAGAAAAAGAAUCAAAUACUGUAUAGACAAAUCAAUCGAGCAUAAAGCUCCAGAGAUGGAUGCAGAGAUGUUAGGACUGUGAAACUGAGCUGGAAGGCAUCCAUCCUGUCUAUUUAAGUCUCCUGUCUCCAUUCACACCAGUCUUUGCUCCCUGUCACUGCGUGUUUCUCUUCCUGUUUUGGCACACAUGUGUUGUCUGUAUUAACCAUUAAUUUAGAAAUGAAUUUCUUUAUGUUUUUGCACCAUGUGAACUGGGUGUACAUCUCUAGUGUCAUCCGCAUGUGUGUGUGUGUGUGGUGUUGUACUGAGGGUGAGGGAGCUCUCUCUGGGUUUUUGGCAGUGUAUGAGGUUGUUUUGACGCUUCUACCUGCUGCUGCUUGAUAGAUUGACACAACAGGGUGUAGAAAGCCCACUGGACUUCUCAGUCUGCCUGGGCAACUGCUCUGAGGACUGAAGCUCAGCAUCCCAGUCUCUCUGGGCUUCUGAUGCUGCCACCAGCUAUUCACUGUAGAAAUGCCAAUAUCUGAAGAAUUUCUUUUUUUUUGUUGUUGUUGAUGUUUAUUUCUUUGAGAUUUAAUAUCCUGUGUGGAAAUAGUUUAAGAUGAUUUUAGAAAUGUAUUAAAAUGCUUUUUUUCAUAA